GCGUUGCUGGGCAGCGGGGUGUCAGCGCUGCACAGUGACACUGGGCACGUGUCGGCAGCACUGGGGCGGAGGGAGGGGGUCACAGCUUAGAGAGGACCUGAAACCUGUUGUGGCCUGGCAACGUGGGUCUUCACGUCGUGACAUCAUUUGACAUCCCAUCGUGCCAGGGCGUGUUUGCACUUGUCAUAGUGUUGCUCUCAUACGGGCGUUGUAUUGCGGCAGGGUGGCACAGCCAUUCAGUGCAGCCCACGGGACAAUGACAGCUUGACAUAACACUAUUGCAGAUCACAAGCCUCUGGUAAAGUGAUAAGUGGAGAGGAACAUUUUUCAAGCAAGAAGUGCCUGGCUUGGUUUUAUGAAUAUGCAGGUCCUGAUGAAGUUGUAGGACCAGAGGGAAUGGAAAAGUUCUGUGAAGACAUUGGCGUUGAACCUGAAAAUAUUAUUAUGUUAGUUUUAGCCUGGAAAUUAGAGGCUGAAAGCAUGGGAUUUUUUACCAAGGAAGAAUGGUUAAAGGGGAUGACCUCAUUACAGUGUGACUGCACAGAAAGGUUACAGAGUAAGUUUGAUUUUUUGCGGUCACAACUGAAUGACAUUUCAUCGUUUAAGAAUAUCUACAGAUAUGCCUUUGAUUUUGCAAGGGAUAAAGACCAGCGAAGUCUUGAUAUCGAUACUGCAAAAUCUAUGUUAGCUCUUCUGCUUGGAAGAACAUGGCCACUGUUCUCAGUAUUUUAUCAGUACUUAGAGCAAUCAAAGUAUAGAGUUAUGAACAAGGAUCAGUGGUACAAUGUGUUAGAAUUCAGCAGAACUGUGCAUGCAGAUCUUAGCAACUACGAUGAAGAUGGUGCAUGGCCCGUCCUCCUUGAUGAAUUUGUUGAGUGGCAAAAAGUUCGUCAAGUGUCAUAGCAAGAACUUUGGAAAAAAUGCAGGAUUUUUUGAUGCCCACCUCUCUACAAACUUAAUGAGAUAACAUUUUCAUGCUUAUGAAAGACUUUACAGUGAUUUUUUUUUCCUUUUUUUUUAAAGGAAGUUUUCUUGUUACAUGUGAUAUGGGCAUUGAACGGCACCUCUUCUGAGACUGAAAGUUGGAGUUUGUUUUUGAGUCUUAUGUUUAUAGCAUUUAUUUCAGAUCAAUAAAGAUCCAGAUUUGUGACAGAGGCCUGAAAGUGAA